UCGAGAUUACUCCGUGUGGGUGCGUUUUCAUUUUCUAACGAGUGUUUAUUCCAAACAUAGUGACGAAAUCGUGGAAAAAAACGAAAAAUUUUGCAUAAAAUCGUAAAAACAAUCAAAAAAUAGUACAUCGGGUCGUGCUGUGCAGACGGAGUGAGAGUGCUGAUUGAAAAAAUUUAACGAAUAAUAGGAAAAUUAGUUUUCUUCAGUAUGCCACGGAAAAAUGAUUAGCAGAGUAUAGAAUUUUCGAUCUUCUUAUUAUCAAACAGCGGCUGUCAUUGUCGAAAUGCAGAAGCGCACGUCGCAUUUCUUUGUGAGAAGAUUUUUAUUUGCGGGUUGAAAUUCGGUAACUCAUUCUAUUUGCAUCGCUUGGUCAACGUGAAAUAUAGUCAAACAUGUACUCUCAAUUGAGAGAAAACUUCUGGAACAGGAUAUAUGUAAAAAGCAGGGAAUUGAACACGAACAGCAACUGUGAAAACAUACCCACGGGUAGUGGAACUCUACCUGUUUGGGAUCUCAGCCGGAUUGAGCUGCAGGAUCAAAGGCGAACUCAAAUAACGGAUAUUCCGACAAUUGAUUUGGAGGAAGAAGACGGUGGGAAUGUAUGUUUUCCUACUUCGACUACCCAUACACCGAGAGCUCAUAUGAUACCGACAAAUGCUCAGAGGCCCACAGAAGCCACUGAAAAUUACCCGGGUCACAGGAUAACACAUGAGCAUCGUGGGUUAUUUAUCCCUAGAACUGCUCAUGAAAUAACAACAGCGCCUGCUGGCAUUAUUUUCAAUCGGGUGUAUAACAAAAAGCCAAUUUCGCCGAAGGAAAAUUAUUUCAGUGUGCUGGACACACCGCCUACUCCGGGAGUACUAUCGGCAGCUGCAAUUUUUGGCGAAAAGUCUGUCAAUACAGAUCCUAAACCUGUGAGAACCACUAAUCAGAACGAAACACAGCUUAUUCGUCGUUCCUUCGAUAAGACGACUCCCUCAGUGCCUGAUCGUGUCAGACGCCAGGAGAAGCGAAACGGACCAUACAAGCUCCUCGGUGUAAUAGAUCUAGAGCCGGACGACGACAGCUCCGAUGCAGCGGACAAUUUAGACAAACCUUCAACAGCUAAGGGCUCCCCCAGCGUAAGUAUGUCUCCGAAACCUGAUGUUCUGACAUCGACAAACUCGGCCCUCGUGGGAAGUUCCUCGACUCCGCUUUCAUCUAAAUUGUGUGGCGGUAAGGAAAUGACUGAGAAAAACAAAAUAUUAACUAUAGAAAUCGACGAGGAUGAUGAGGUUAUGAACGAGGAUGAAUCCAAAAUGGAACUAUCUGACGAAGAUGAGGCGGAUGGGUGCUCUGAUGUGAGUAAGGAACCCGUCGCGGGAACAUCGAACAAAAUUCCCGCUGACGAAUCGCAGGUGGAACAGUGUUCGUUGAGUGAUUCGGAAACCAGUUCAACUGCACAGAUGAAUCCUUCUUCCUUAGCAAAUUCGUUUUGGGAUGUUUCGAGUUCUGGAUGUGUUAAAAAGUCUAGUGAUAACAUAAGUUCCGCAAAUCCCACAAAGAAACAUAACGAUUUCGAUUUGUUGUUGGAUAAAAUUAACCAGCAGGUACCAGCAAUGUCUCAGCAGGAUCGUGUGGAAUACUGGCGUGUAACCAGGGAAGAUCUACUAUACUCAAUCCCAAGUAAUGCGGAGAUCGAAAGCAAUGCAUCAGUUAAACGUCCUCUGGAUGAUCCCAUCCAUAUAUCAAGCACUGAGAGCAGUGACUCCGAAACGAGUGACAGUCCCAGUUUGCUACUGUUGAAGCAACAGAGGGCCACCCGCAAGAAGCGUCGUACGGGGGCAGAGAACGGUGACAGAUCUCCAUCUUCGUUGCAUCUGAGCAGCGAGGAUUUGGAUUUUCGGAAGAGCCAAGUUAAUCCCGAAAUUGAUAAACCUGGAAGUAUGAUACAAGUUCGUAAAAAUUAUCACAAAUUUCCAUCUAGACUUAGUCGGUCGCAAGAUGAUCCCAGUUCAACCUCGAAAUGUAUCGACGAUCCGUACAGUAACUUCCUCAAUGAUGACUCGAAGGAGAAGGAGGUGUUUGAAAAGUAUUUACGUCGAAAUCCGGCGUAUCGUCCCAAUUUGUUGAAACACAGAGGUGAGCCUACGAUUAACGAAAACAAAGUAGCCGUUGUUGUUCUGUCAGCAAUCAAGGAUCCCCCUUCAAUCGCAUCGAAUGUCAACAAUAUUUCUGUGCGUCGACAAUCGGAGCGAUCCGAAUCGACCGAACGCGUCCCAAAAUAUGGCAAAAACCGGAAGAAAUCGGCUGGCAAAACUGUUCGCUAUAGGGUCCGCAAAAAACAGCUGAAGAAAAAAUCCAUAAUGAUCGUUCCGUCGAACCUUCGCAGCUACCGACGCUUGGUCAUGAAAAGUUCUCUGCGAAAUGGCAAAGAACGGAAGAAGGCAUCGUUCGUAAAUCUCCUCAGCAGUGCUGAGCAGAAACGACGGAAGCGAAACGCUAACCAGACGGUUAGACCUAAAUUAGCUCCACAAAAACAGGAGGAGCCUCUGGUAGAUAGCAAGCCAACCCGUGAGAAUGAGCCCGUCCAAUCCAGCCGAAUGUCUGUGGAUAGUGCCGUCAGCAGCUCAACCUCGGCGGAUCACAAGCGAUGCGAUGGUUUCGUUGAGGACGAGUUGGUGCCUCAACCAGUUGCUAGUGACCUUUUAACGAUGAGGAAUCCUUUGUCUCGUUCCAACGGGGAGGUUCUGAUGGCGUUUUAUGUCUCCGGCAAGCUCAUCGUUGUUCAGCAAGAGAUGGUUAGCUUCUGGGAGUGCUCGAGGCUAACUGCAAUGCUUGGGUUGAAACAGGAUUUGCAGCUGGUCGGACAGACGAAACGUGCUCAGAGAGAUUCACAAGUUGAUCCAACGAACACAAAUCGGUUGGGUCUAAACGAAGACGAACCAUUCUAUCUGGAACCACGGGCGCGCAAUCUGGACGAGGAUGAAGCCCGGGCUUGUCCGUUGGCGUCCAUCUACAUCAACUGCUACUUUGCUGGUACAAGUGACGUUGAUGAAGAGGACGGCCAAUGCGUUCAAAUGAAGUCGCUUCAACUGGAUACUGUUAGAAGCAAAUUGUCCGACAUACUGUUUGUUCCUUUGCCUCGAUCGAGAUAUUUCAUGAUGUGUUGGUACGAGCAGCUGUCAGAAGUGGAGCAUCGUACCGGAUUGUGCAAGUACAGUUUAACUCCCGAUUUGGAAACGUUGGCCAGUAUUAGAGAGUUUCCAACCAUGAUUUCCAAAUUGACGAGCCUGAAAUGCCUGGACAAUGAUCGACUUAUCGGCUUGGGCUCGACAACGAUUGCCAUAUGGAACCACGAUAACGGCUGCUUGUUGUUCACAGUUGAUCUGAAAAUGGAGCUCCAUAUUUCGUUGACCAGCUUUAUUCGCACAGAGAAUAUUGAAAGCGCUUUGUUUCUCGUCCAAAUGUGUCCCUCCCCCGGUGGGAACUCAAAACGCAAGCUUAUAAAGGUCUUAGGAAUAAACAUGAGCAAACGCUCAUGGCAUUUGAUUCACAGCUACGAGGUUUUGCUGGAAUCUAGCAGCAUCCUGUGUGAAUCAUCUGCACUGAACUCGACUAGUCUUCACUGUACUUCGUUCCAAAGCGGCGAACUGCUGGCAAUCUGUUUGGAUGAUCUCACUACGUACUUUACGAACCACAAGCAGCUGCAGAGCUCCGAUGGGAAACGGAUCACUCGUGAUAAUGUGGCUACGAGGGAGAAAAUCUUUCUCAACUCAGCCGAAAACCGUCAACUCGUGCUGAUUAGUGAUAAGCUCGUUAAGCUUAAAUCGAUUGAGGAAUAUCUACUGUUGCAUAGAUAGGAGGUCCUUGAAUUGGAGACGUAACUUGAAACUUGCGCUUUGAUGGGUGUUCUAUAGAGAAAUAAUGAUACUAAUGAAGCGUUCUCAUCGAGGAGCUUGAUCCCAAUAGAGCUAUCCUUUUCCGUUGAAUUGUGAAUUGUUAGACUAAAGCCGUUACUUGUGCGGCAGAACAGAAUUCGUUUAUUUUGUAGUAUUUAGACACUAGUGAGUGUUUUAGUUUAGCAUAGUAUAUAUUUUUCUUCUCAGGGGGAUGUACUAAAAUCGUUUAUUUUACUCUCUUUCGUUCCUUCGUCAUCCCCCAAAACGUAUAAUUCAUUAGUUUUACUAAGCAAUAGAGAGAGGAAAUAUGCACUCUGAUGUGUUCAAUCGUUGGACUGCUAAUAAGUAAAUAGGUAAUAGCUUUUUAUUAUGCGAAUCUAUUAGAGAUUACGCUGCGGUGUUGUAAUCACGAAGUUUGAUUUUGUUAUCGAGAGCGUUUGAGAUGCGCGGAUUAACAUUUAUUAUUUCCAUGAUUGUAAAUUGUAAAUUUCAGAAUACGGUGAAGACUUUGCUGUUUGGAGUUAUGAAUUACAGGCUAUUGAAAAAUUAUACAGUUGUGUGUAUUGGGAGCAAAUAUAAGACACGUCGAUAGCAAUUUAUUUUUGGAAUCCAAAAUAGUUGUUUUAUUUGUUUUUUUUUUAUCCAAAAUAUACAUUUUUUUAUUAAGGCUCAUAUGGCGUCAGCCUAACGGAGCCGGGAGUUCAAUAUUUUGACAAUGUUUGCUUACAACUAUGUUAGUAAUAUGUAACCGAUUACUCGCGGUUGGCUCGAGGUUAGUAUUACAAGUGUUCUCAUAAUUGGGAUUGGGUGUUAUACCAUCAUGUUUAUGAAAUUUUAUGAAUUCGCUUAUAAUUUCCAACAACUUUUCCAAAUACAUCGUUAUGGUAAAGACAUAUGUUCAGGAGUUACGUUACGAAACAUUCGAAGACAUGUGGGUUAAUACAAAAAGUAGCGAAACUAAAAAAUCUUUUUUAUCUUAAUACAAACUUCAAUCAAUCAAAAAAAUUGUUGGAAAUUAUAAGAAAAUUCAUAAAAUUUCAUGAACAUGAUGGUAUAACACGACAAACAUAU